GGGCGUUUCGCAGCCCGGCUGGAAGAGUCUUGGCGGUGCCAGGUGUGUUCGAACCUUUCGCAGAUGCCUCCACUCUGCGUGGGCUGGACUUCCACGGCACACACCGCCUUCUGGAGCCGCCGAACGCUGCCUGCCGGGGCCAUGACUGCUUGCUCGUUGACGCACUGGGUCUCCGUGCUCCGUUAAGGUUGUUCAUUCUGUACAAACUUGUCGUCAAGGAGGCCACCUGAGGGACGGGAGCUCCGAGAGCGAGAAGCCGUGAUUGCUGCACUUGUCCGCCGUCGCUUUUACGCACACGGAGCACCUUUUAGUGAGACAACCGAAGCAAGCGCGCAGGUUUGGGCAUACAGAAGCCGUGGGAUGACUGGCGCACCUUCCAGGGGUGGGAAUCACUCUGGUGCAUGUCAGGGAGAUGAACCAUCACUCUCUCCUGUAUAAUAGGCCGCGCUCAUUUAGCGAGUGAAAGCAUCUCGACUGUUGAGAAGAAGCGAGGACAGCCACCAUGUCCAGAACCCUGAAGAAGAAGAAACACUGGUCUAGCAAGGUGGUGGAGUGCGCCGUGUCGUGGGGAAACCUCGGGGACUUUGGCUCAGUGGUGGAGGUCCUUGGGGGAGCCGAGCUGGGCCAGUUCCCGCACCUGGGCCAGAUGAAGCUGGACGUGCUGGUGUGCCACGUCGGGAAGCUGCCCUACUAUGGAGACGUCCUCCUGGAGGUCAAUGGGACGCCAGUCAGUGGACUUACCAACCGGGACACGUUGGCUGUCAUCCGGCAUUUCCGGGAGCCCAUACGCUUGAAGACGGUCAAACCAGGCAAAGUAUUGAACACGGACCUGCGCCACUACCUCAGUCUGCAGUUUCAGAAGGGCUCGCUGGACCACAAGCUCCAGCAGAUCAUACGGGACAACCUCUACCUGCGCACCAUCCCGUGCACCACAAGGCUCCCUCGAGAGGGGGAGGUACCUGGCGUGGACUACAACUUCAUCAGCCUUGGAGACUUUAGGAUCCUGGAGGAGAGCGGCCUUCUUCUGGAAAGUGGUACCUAUGACGGCAACUUCUACGGGACCCCGAAGCCGCCCGCCGAGCCCAACCUGGUGCAGCCCGACCUGGUGGACCAGGUCCUGUUUGAUGAGGACUUUGGCGGCGAGGUCCCACGGAAGCGCACCACCUCAGUCAGCAAGAUGGACAGGAAGGACAGCGCCGUCCCUGAGGAGGAGGAUGACGACGAGAGGCCACCGCUGGUAAACGGUUUGCCUGAACACAAGGCCGACUGGAGGCGAGCCGUGCCCAGCUACGCCCAGUCUAGCAGCACCAUGGACUUCCGCACAUGGAGCUCACUGCCGCGUGACGACAGCCUGGAGCCGCUUCCGCUCAACUGGGAGAUGGCUUACACUGAGACCGGAAUGGUCUACUUCAUAGAUCACAACACCAAGACAACCACAUGGUUGGACCCCCGCUUGGCCAAGAAGGCAAAGCCCCCUGAGAAGUGUGAGGAUGGAGAGCUACCUUACGGCUGGGAGGAAAUUGACGACCCGCAGUACGGCACAUACUACGUUGACCACAUCAACCAGAAAACUCAGUUUGAGAACCCAGUCCUAGAGGCCAAGAAGAGGCUUAGCCAGGGGACAGCCAUCAUCCAGAAGGCUGCAGCGUCUCAUGGAAAGAGCGGCGUGCCAGGCUUCACCGCCGACCCGAGCCAGCUGAAGGGCGAGCUGUACCGCACGGCGCUGAAGAAGAGCUCCCAAGGCUUUGGCUUCACCAUCAUUGGGGGUGACCGCACAGAUGAGUUCCUCCAAGUGAAAAAUGUGUUCAGCGACGGCCCUGCAGCCCACGACAACAAAAUGGCGUCAGGUGACGUAAUUGUGGAGAUUAACGGGCUGUGCGUUCUGGGAAAGACCCACCCGGAGGUGGUGCAGAUGUUUCAGUCCAUUCCCAUUAACCAGUAUGUGGACAUGGUCCUGUGUCGCGGCUACCCGCUUCCCCCAGACGUGGAUCUCGACAGCGAUGACCCUCUCCCCCCUCCCCCUCCACCACCGACCAACCAGCCCCAGCAGGCUUUACACGGCGGUGAGGUGGUGACUGCUGUGCCGCUCAUCAACGGACAGCCGCUACUCGUCAAGGGUGACGUCCUCCACGGCUCCUCCCAGGACCUUCACUACGUCACCACGGACUCCAGUGGUCGCCCGGUGGUCGCCACCUUGCCCAACGGGAGGCAGGGUGAACUGGGGGAGUCAGCCGCCUCAAUGCUGCAGCCAGAGAUGGUUAGCGUGCCACUGGUCAAGGGGCCGGGAGGCUUCGGCUUCGCUAUUGCCGACUGUCCGCUGGGCCAGAAGGUGAAGAUGAUCCUGGACGCCCAGUGGUGCCGUGGCCUUCAAAAGGGAGACGUCAUCAAGGAGAUCAACAGGCAGAAUGUGCAGACGCUGAGCCACGCGCAGGUGGUGGACAUUCUCAAAGACUUCCCAGUGGGAAGUGAAGUCAACGUGCUUGUGCUGCGUGGAGGUCAAACAUCUCCAGUGAAGAGUCUCAAGCCUAGGCAGGAAAUGACAGCCAGCACGGAGACUUUGGAUGCUCUUGGCGACUCCGUCCCCCAGGCGCUGCCCUACCACUCCAACGCGAGCACCCUGCGCGCCGCUGCUGACUCCCCCAAGCGGGAUGCCACAGAGUUAUACCUGAAAUCCAAAGCCCUGCUGGAGAGCAGACAGCCCCACACCAAAGACAUUGACGUUUUCCUCAAAAGAGACAUUGAGACAGGCUUUGGCUUCCGUGUUCUGGGCGGAGAAGGUCCACAACAGCCAAAUGUCUUUCCCCAGGUCUACAUUGGGGCCAUCGUGCCCAACGGGGCGGCGGAGAAAGAUGGUCGCCUGCGGGCGGGAGACGAGCUCAUCGGCAUCGAUGGCGUGAUGGUGAAAGGUCGUUCGCACAAGCAAGUGCUGGACCUGAUGACAAACGCCGCCCGUAACGGUCAAGUGAUGUUGACUGUGCGAAGGAAGGUCAUCUAUAGAGAUGCGACAGAGGAGGAAGCUCAGGAAAUGGCUUCCACGUUGCUGAACGGUUCCCCCAAACUACCUCGGCUGCCCAUGCCCAGCGCUCUGGACCACGAGUCUUUCGACAUCACGCUGCACCGCAAAGACACCGAGGGUUUUGGCUUCGUCAUCCUAACGUCCAAGAGCAGACCUCCGCACGGAGUUAUCCCGCACAAAAUCGGCCGCAUCAUUGAAGGCAGCCCAACCGACCGCUGCGGCCUGCUGCACGUCGGCGACCGCAUCUCCGCCGUCAAUGGGCGCUCCAUCCUGGAGCUAUCUCACAACGACAUCGUCCAGCUCAUCAAGGACGCCGGCAAUGUGGUCACUCUCACCGUGGUCCCUGAGGACGAGUACAAGGGCCCUCCAUCUGGAGCCAGUUCUGCUAGACAGAGUCCAGCUCUUCAACACCGGGCCAUCGGACAACGGUCUGCGCUACAGGACGAACGCUACAACCUCGACCUGGAGGACAAACGGGAUGGAGCCUCCUGGACGGAACAUAAAACCAUACCAGUGGAGCAGGGGGCACUGUGUGUGACGGGACCCAACCAGGGCUGUCUGACGGUAGAGCUGGACAGAGGACCCAGGGGCUUCGGCUUUAGCCUCCGAGGGGGCACCGAGUACAACAUGGGGCUGUACAUCCUGAGACUGGCUGAGGACGGGCCUGCCCAGCUGGACGGAAGGAUCCAUGUCGGGGACGAGAUUGUGGAGAUCAACGGAGAGCCGGCUCGCGGCAUUUCCCACACACGCGCCAUCGAGCUGAUCCAAGCUGGAGGAAGCAAAGUGGUGCUGCUGCUCCGACCUGGGGCGGGCCUGACUCAAGAUGGUAGUCCAAAACACAUUUCACCCUCAAACUACACCAGGGAGGUGUUUUUUUCAGACACGUCACCCCUGUCUUCUCCAUAUCCCACCGGGGCUUCCAUCCUCGUGUCUCCUCCUUACUCCAGCAGACUGAAACACUCCCGCAGCUGGAGCGCCACAUCCCCACGAGACCUGCGGCGCCACAGCAGCAAGGCUUUGAGCUCGGUGGAGGAGCAAGACGAGUGGCGAGGAGAUAAGGAGGUGGAGAUGCCUGAGAGGACGACCAGCAUGAAAGAGCGCAGAGAGCAGAGCAGCCCAAAGAAAGCAGCGGAGACAUCACCUCAAGCCAAAGACCAGCCUCGCAGCCCGAGGAAGACGAUAGCAAACGACAGCCAGGCGCCGAUAGCAGCACGGAAUGAGAAGAAGGUGACUAGAGUGCGAUCUGCAAGUAUGGGGGAGGCGAGCCGGGCUAACGACCUCGAAUGGAGACACAAGGACUCCAGAAGCAGCGAGAACUUGCGUCAUGGCAACAGCCGAAAGUCCAACCUUGAAACUAGAGGACAGCCAACGGCCAGACCGGGACAUGAGGCGACGAGUUUUAAAGAAAGAUCUCUUCACGCUCCCCGAGAGGGCAAGCAAGCUUCUAGUCGAGACUCGAGCCAUGCCAAGGACCAGAGUGCAGAGGACAGGAAGAGACGUAAAGAGACUUCCUUCAAAGAUUCAGUAAUUCCACCAAGUGAGCCAAAGGGAAGAAACCCCAAAAAACAAGCUAGCAAGGAAGACCCUGUGGCCUCCAUUAGCAGGACUCCCAGGAGCCCUCCGAGCUCAAAAGCACCCAUCAGCCCUGGCGAAUGGAAGGUACCCAGCCAAGCCAGAAUCCUCUCCCAGGCUGAAGUCCUCCGUGAUCCCUUUUGACAAGAUGAUUCUGUACUUUGGAUUCUCUGUGCCAUGCUCUGUGGAUUGUUUUGAGCUCUUCCAGUGAAAGUGAUACAAGGUGCCACUUUUAGAACCCUUUGGUCCUUUUUUGGGUGCGGUCAACCUCGAAAAGCAGCGGUGUGUGUAGCAGCCUCCUCUGCCUCCACUCGCUGCUUCAGUAUCUCAGAGCUAGGACGUCUUGCCAUGUGAAUUUGUGCCAACGCGAUGGAAGAGCAGCACCUCGCCCAUGACAAUGCAUCCAUCUGCUCAUUAUGCAAGGCGAGGAGGAAAGGUCAUAGGGCAAUAUUUUUAUUUGUACUCUCGUUUCCUGAGCUGCUUGGCUCAGCCGCAUGCAGUCCACUCUUCUUUGUUUGCGCACGUCUCACAGACAGCCCUUUCCCGAUCCUCAUCCCCAAGCUUGAGCGACUUUGAGACUGUUCUUCACUCUCUUCCCUACGCGCUGCAUCCUUCAAAUGACCAGAAACUUGUGCUUUUUCAGAUCUUCUUUACCAAGUGUAUGAUAGACAAAACAAAGGAAAUGAUAAACAUAAAAGAAAAAGGCUGGAAAUGUGUGUAUGGUAGAUUAUUUCUCUGUCGACUACAUUUUACACUGUUGGAAAGGCUCUUUAUUUCCCUUUUAAAGUCCGUUAUUAUUAUUAUUAUUAUAUUUACGCCAAUUUUCAGGUAGAAUUUACCGUAAAUUCCGGACUUAAUUAAGCGCACCUGAAUAUAAGCCGCACCCACCAAAUUUAAAGAGAAUGUACAUAUAUGUGGGACCCGCUUGUCUAUCAGCCUCAGGUGUUUUAUUUGAUCAUAUUUCCACAGAAAGACACACUAUAAACCUUGCAAUCCUACCUCCACUCAAUGUUUCCAGCGUCUCUUGUUAGCUCUGGUGAUGAGAUGCUUUUUUUCCCCAUCGGAGUUCAACAGCUGUCACGGUCCAAGCAGUCCAAGUAGAAGCUGUAGUGAUGCUACACUUCAUUCUACACUUACUUAAGAUUUGUCUGACCAAAAUACGAUCACUGCAUAAGACUUCAAAACGUGACAUUAGCGUACACUUCAGAAAUGUCCAAUUUCCUGAAUCUGCGCUCCAAGCCUCGUGAGAACUUUAGUUCUUUUUGCCAUAAAUUAGCCACAUCAUUGUUUAAGCCGUGUGGAAAAAAGUAGCAACUUAUAGUCUGGAAUUUAUGGUAAGUCUCAGAGUUCCCACAAUAGUGUAUUGGAAUUGUGUUGGCCAAAAAAUCUAGCCUUGAUGUAUGUAAACCCUGCUAGGAACACACCGUUUUGUGUGUCUGUAGCUUUAAUGCUAACGAGUUGUUGGUCCACGCCUGUUUCUGACAAUGUGUGGCUCCAAGAAGCACUGUUAUGUGCUUUAUCCACUUUUGACAUACACUUGUCCAACGUAAUGGUACAGUGUAUCACAUACAACAACGGAACAUUAAAUAGUGGGGCAGGAGGACACAAAUGUUAGCACACUAGCAUAGCUACAGUAUGUGAGCUACAGUGCUAACAUUACAGUUGUUUUAACAGUAAAAUCAUGCUAGGUUAGCUUAUCCGCUGAAGAAAACCAAAUGAUUAAACUUACAGCUCCCACAUCUGUAUCUGGCUGAUGGAUAGUUGGCACAGCGCCAUACUUUAUUUUCAGAUGUGUAGCAAAGCCUUUUUUUUUUUUUUACACAGCUGUCCUCUGAAGUGGCAGGUGUCUACACAGGGCGCGCCCACUUUGCUAACGAAGGAGACAAAUAACAUAGCUGUGUGAGCUACAGUGCAAACAUUAUAGUCACAUUUUAGCCUCACCAUCAUGCAAGGUUUUUUAGGAUUAUUUCGUAUGCGUACGUGUCAACCCAGGCCGCACGGUGGCAUAGUGGUAAGCAUGUUGGCCACACAGUCAGGAGAUCUGGGUUCAAAUCUCCAUUGGGCAUCUUUUUGCAUGUUCUCCCCGUGCGUGCGUGGGUUUUCUCCGGGUACUCCGGUUUCCUCCCACAUUCCAAAAACAUGCAUGUUAGGUUAAUUGGAGACUCUAAAUUGUCCAUAGGUAUGAAUGUGAGUGUGAAUGGUUGUUUGCCUAUAUGUGCCCUGCGAUUGGCUGGCGCCCAGUCCAGGGUGUACCCCGCCUCUCGCCCAAAGUCAGCUGGGAUAGGCUCCAGCAUACCUAAUGAGGAGAAGCGGCCUACAAGAUGGAUGGAUGGAUUAUUUCUAUUAAAAUUCCAUUAGGAACCACUAGAUAGAGCCUGGGUAUCAUCAGUGGUACUCAUACCACAGUUUGAGAAUCGAUGGUUACAAACAUAGUGGCAAGAAGCACUAUUCCAAUAAGAGACACAGUCUACCAAACACUUUUGCCAACUGUUUGUUUUAUGUUUCUGUGAAGCUCCUUGUACGUGUAGCCAGUCCAUAUUUUGAUAUAAACCUUGUCCCACGUUCUCUGAGGUACCUGAGUGGUUCCAAUGUGUUGUAGGAAACAAACCCUGCACAAAUACUUGUACUUCAUGACACAGUAGAGCUCACGUGCAAUGUUAGCUUACAAUCACUCAUUCUGAAUCAUAAUAUACAUACAUAUAUAUAUGUAUAUGUGUGGCUGGGUGCGUGUACAAAAUCAGUAUAUAUAUAUAUAUAUAUAUACACACAUAUAUUCAUAUAUACAUAUAUAUACAUACUGUAUGUAUAUGUAUGUAUAUAUGUACAUACAUAUGUAUGUAUGUACGUACAUGUAUGUACAUAUACGUGUGUGUGUAUAUACACAUAUAUAUGUGUGUGUAUAUUUAUAUACACAUAUAUGAAUGUCAUGUUAUGUUUUGCUAAAGUAAAUCUCCACUGCACUGCAUUUGCCCCUGUAGCAUAAAAGAUAUUUAAUAAUUUGUAAUGUUGAUGACUUUGGUUGCCAAUGCCAUAUUAUAUAUAUAUAUAUAUUUAUUUUUCUGUUUAAGGACAAUUUAUGUAAUAGUGCGCAACCUGUGAGUCAUGUCGCUGCCUACUGAGGGGAAAAAAGAUGACAUCUUUUCAGGGUGUGUGCCAGUGCUGCCGGUUGAUUUUUUUGUGUAAAAGUCACAGAUGCUGAUCUCAGCCUGUUAUGUAACUUACGGCUUUAAAACGGACUUACAAAUGUCAGGUUUUUACAAACGAAUAUGACAGUAGAGCCGCUCAGUGUGGAAGGGGGUUUGCGCCACAAGAAAACCAGUUUUCCUUUCUUCUCGAACAUUUCCAACAUGUGAAAGACAGCACAUUUAGACAAACGGGCUUAAAAUGUGAAAUAAUGCUACAUUAUAAUAAUAGAAAAUGUCAUUGGCUGGAAACCCAUGGUAUAAACUAGGCUUGGGAAUGACACAAUAACUCCUGAUGCAAUAUGAUUACAAUAUGUCGCAAAGAAUGGCGUAACGACACAAUGAUAAUAUGAUAUUGGGAAAAAAAAUCACAUAUGACUUGAUGGUUUCGACAUAUACUGUACAUAUAUACAUAUGAUAUCUAACGAUCAUCAGUAUCAAUAUCUGAUUUUGGUGUAUUGAUACCAUGUGAUCAGAAUUUUGUCCUGGCCCUAGUCCAAACAUUGCAGUCCCUUGUUUGCUCAGAAGUCAAACCUUUUAACGAAACAUGGUUCAUUUGAUGAACAUCCAAUAAUGCAAUUGUUCCGACUACAGGCACUUCUGAAAAGUACAAUCAUGUUCUCAGAAUUACAAAUGACAAGUCAAAAUUCAAAAUUUAAUUCAGACCAACCUGAUUUCUGGCCAAUAAAAAAAAAUGAGCUGCGGGCGAUCAAUGCCCUUGUGCCGCGAUUUGGACAUCCCUGCUUUAAACAGAAAAUUGGGACUUUGAAGCAACCCAAAUCCUCCUCAGUUUAUCUGAGCUGACUCCAGGUUGAGUAGAAGAGGUAUCCAGGUGAGCUCAGGGAAACACAGCGUUGUAGCAAAUAUCCAGAGAUCCAGUGGCAUCAAACCAGUGGGGCUUGACUGUAAAACCAGACUUUCAGCUUAGGAGACGCACUGUGAAGCAAUCUGUGACCUUUUUUGUGCAAUACUUUGUUGGGCUGAAGGAAGCGUCCGGUAUGGUAUUUUUGCCUGUUUGAGCUUUUUUCAUUUUCUAUCUCAUCCUUGUAUCAUCCUGUGGCCUUGCAUCGCUUUGGUAGGAAACAAUCUCUGUGCUUAUCUUCUACAUUGUGUAGGAACAGUAGAUGUAAAUGUUUGUACAUUGUACAGCACCUUUCUAAAUACUCGCUCAGCGCUCUUUCGAGGAGGGGGAGAAAGAAAAAAAAACAGAGGUCUAUUAAUGAAAUUGCCCCAUUAUUUUUUUAUGUAAAAAGAAAAGAAGAUAUUUAAAAAUGGAUUGAAAAGGAUCUUGACAUGGUGUUCUGUUCAUGCACUGAAUAAUAAAGUUUUACUCAAUACGCCCUGCAGACGACUAACUUCAUUUAUUCCAUUAUUUCCCACGUCACUCAUGACAUUGCUUUUACCAUUGGCUUUGGUUUGUCAGAUAACAGGUCAC